CUGUGAGCCGCUAUAUCCCCAACGUUCUCUCUUGCCUUCCGCAUCAAAACAUGAGAGGGCGUGCACGUCAGACGCUGGUCUCGAAUUUUCUCUGUUCCACGUGAGUGCUGGCCGCUCAUAGCUGUGUGGAAAGAUGUCGUACCUCGGAAGGGAACAGCUGCGUCAGCUGGAAGCCUUUGUGGAGUUCUGCAGUACAAAGCCAGAGAUCUUGCACAAGCCAGAGCUGAGUUUCUUCAAGCAGUAUUUGGAAAGCCUUGGUGCCAAGAUUCCACCUGCUCCUCGUUCCCCGAGCCCACCACCAAAGGCCAAACAACCGGAAGAAGUCAACAUGGAGGAGCCAACCCCUGAAUCAGAGCCAGAGCCUGAACCAGUAAACCCAGAAAGUGAAGAGAGUGAAGUUGAGUUGGACACCAGCGGUGUUGUGGAGCCGGACCAUGACGAUCCACUGUCUAUGGGAGACUGCAGUGUUGAGCUUACAGAGGAGAGGAUGGAGCAGAGUUCCGAAAAGAGGGGACAAGCGAUGGAAGCUCAAAGCGAAGGGAAACUUGACGAGUCGCUGAAGCUGUGGACCGAAGCCAUUGAACUAAAUCCAUCAAGUGCUGUCCUGUUUGCCAAACGAGCAAAUGUGCUGUUAAAACUAGAGAAGCCAAAUGCUGCCAUUCGAGAUGCCAACAAGGCCUUGGAGUUGAAUCCCGACCAAGCACUAGGCUACAAGAUUCGAGGGAGAGCACACAGGCUGCUUGGUCAUUGGGAGGAAGCUGCAAAAGAUUUGGCCACAGCUUGCAGGCUGGACUACACUGAUGAGGCCAACGAGUGGCUGAAAGAAGUCACACCUAACGCCAAGAAGCUACAGGAGCACCGGCGCAAGUGGGAGCGCAAGCGGGAGGAGCGCGAGCUCAAGGAGCGCGCCGAGAGGGUGCGCAAGGCGCGUGAGGAGCAACAGCGCAAGUACGAGCAGCAGCAGAAGGAGCAGCUGGAUGACGACGACCUCGGCGGCAUGCCGGGCUUCCCGGGAGGCAUGCCCGGUGGUUUAGGAGACUGUCUUCAGGACCCCGAGAUCUUGGCCGCUUUUCAGGAUCCGGAAGUGGCUGCGGCAUUCCAAGACAUCAGUCGAAACCCACUGAACAUCGGCAAGUAUCAGUCCAACCCUAAGAUCAAGAACAUCAUGGCCAAGAUGGCUGCAAAGAUGGGAGCCCAGGCGCCUCCGAUGUAAAACGACGCGUAGUGCUCACUUUUGCAUUCUUCGUAUUUCUUCUUUCUUUCUUUUAACUCGAUACUGCCAAGGAACUUACCAUACCUUUCUCCUCUUUUCGGGCAGUUUAUUCUGUGAGUGCGUGUGUGUUGAAAUAAAGCAGUUUGAGUCUGGUAA